AUGUCGGUGUCCCAAUCGCCACAAGCACAGGGAACUAGCACAAGCACAAAGGGCACCAACCAGUCCCAGGACGACUUCCUGCGGUACUACGAGGGCUAUGCAGACCAAUAUAUUGACUGCAUGGACAAUUCACCCACAACGUACCACUUUGUCGAUCAUUUCCGGUCUGUCUUGGACAACAACGGCUUCAAGGGAUACAAAGACAAGGAGCACCACGACUUUUCCAAGCCUGGAUUGUACUACACCAUCAAGGAUGACUUGACUGUUGUAGCGUUCAUUGUGGGAGGCAAAUGGGCCCCCGAGAAGGGAAGUAUCGUCGUGGGCACCCAUGUUGAUUCUGUUACUCUUAAAGUGAACCCCCGGGGCCUGUUGAGAGCAUCCAAGGACGGGUAUGAAUUAUUAGGGGUGGCCCCCUACUCUGGUGGGCUUCCCCAGAGUAUUCUUGACAGAGAGUUGGGACUUGCGGGAGCCGUUUUGGUAAAGGGCCCCGACGGAAAAGUACAGCGGAAAUUGAUCUCGACGGGAUCCAAGCCUAUUGGUAUUAUUCCAUCGAUCGCAGAGCACUUCGGGAUUAGCCUCACUCCAAACCCUCAGACCCAAGCAGUCCCUAUCAUUGGAUUUGGUAGUAACGAUCUCAAGCCCACACAAGAGGAGCAGGCCUCACCUUUGUACUCCCAGCAUCCGUUGUCUUUGAUCAGAUUGGUAUCAUCUCUUUCCAAUACUCCGGUUUCACAGAUACUCGAUCUCGAGUUGGAGUUGGUCAAUGUGCAGAAGGGAGCUAGGGGAGGCUUAUCGCACGAAUUUGUGUAUGCCUCCAACCUCGACGACAGAUUGUGCUCGUUUGGGGCCAUGUAUGCUUUGCUUGAGUUCAGCAAGAGGUUCUACACCGAUAAAAAUAUCGAGGACUACGACGGACUUGUGGGGGUCUAUUUUACCAACAACGAAGAGAUAGGGAGCAACACCCGUACAGGCGCAGGAGGCGGCUUUUUGAGGGAUACCUUGGCCCUGGUGGUGGCCAGCAGAUAUCCAGCGAAGUCCAAGGAAUACUUGGCUCAGCUCAUGACCCAUACCAUCGUGUUGUCUUCGGAUGUGACCCACGCGUUGAACCCCAACUACAAGGAUGCAUAUCUCGAGGGCCAUGUGGCAUUGCCCAACACCGGUCCCACCGUCAAGAUCGACGUUAGCCAGCAUGUGUUGACUGACGCCGAGUCUGUGGUUUUCCUUGAAAAUAUCGUGGGUAAAUUGCCGGGAAUUAAGCUCCAGACAUUCCACAUCAGAAAUGACGGCAGACUGGGCGGAACCAUUGGGCCCAUCAUGAGCUCCAGCCGUAGAGGUAUCAACGGUGCUGCAUUGAUCAUUGACGUGGGCUUGCCUAUCUUGGCCAUGCACAAUGCCCGCAGCAUCGUUGGCUACAAAGAUAUCGGAAUGGGGGUCCGUUUCUACAAGGCCGCGUUCGAGUACUGGCAAGAAUUCAGGCCAGUGGACCACGAUGCGGCGUAG